UCAAAAUGUAUGCAGCUCGUUAGCGGCCACGUAAAGUUUUUUUGACUCGUUUAUUUAUUUAUUUAUUUAUUGUGUGGUUUUAGUUUUUUGAGAGAAAUCUAUUUUACAAUUAUCUUCGUCUGUAAGCUUACGGACGUACACGGGAGGCUUAGCUAGCGGUCGUGGUUGUUUUCUAAGAGCUGCUAGCUAAGUUAGCGAGAGUUACUCCGAAGGGGAGAAGACGGUUACUAGACUGCGUUAAACGGAUCUCUGUGUAAAAGCUUGCUGGUGUACACACUCCUCAAGAUAUGGUUUCGAAGGAUGGAAACAGACGACGUGUCGGUUAGAGAGCAGCUCUUCCAUGACCGUGUCCGAGAGAUAAUUAUUUGCAUACAGCUCUUCGUCUGCCUAUACAUCUUGUCCUACCUCAUUCUCACCCACUUCAGGAAGAAUGCAGAGUUUGCCACAGAUGACAUUGAAGAUGCCACUGUUAACAAAAUUGUGCUGUGGCUGUGCACGUUCACGCUCUCAGUAUCCGUGUGCGCUGUGCUCCUCCUGCCAAUCUCGAUCCUGUCUAAUGAGGUCCUGCUCACAUUCCCACACAGCUACUACAUGCAGUGGCUCAAUGGGUCCCUCAUCCAUGGUCUGUGGAACUUGGUCUUCCUAUUCUCCAACCUCUCCCUGGUUUUUCUCAUGCCUUUUGCCUAUUUCUUUACUGAGUCAGAAGGCUUUACAGGGUCCAAAAAGGGGGUGAUGGCCCGAGUGUAUGAGACUGCUGUGAUGCUGCUUCUCCUUAGUCUGCUGGUGUUGGGCAUCGUGUGGGUGGCAUCUGCCCUCCUCCAGCACAACGCAGCCCGAGAGAAUCUCUACGACCUGUGGGAGUAUUACCUACCCUACCUCUACUCCUGUAUCUCCCUGUUUGGAGUUCUGCUCCUAUUGUUGUGCACCCCACGUGGAAUGGCCCGUAUGUUCAGCGUCACUGGCAGCUUAUUGGUUAAACCACGGCUGCUGGAGAACGUGGAGGAGAGCAUGGACUGCGCUCUGCUGGAGGAGGCCGCGCUCUCUCGCAAGCUCAACAGUAACACCUCUUGUUGGCUGGGUCUGAAUUUGCAGGGCAUGAAGAGCGAGUUUGUGAGCGUGCAGGCCAUGCGUAAGGCCCUAGAGAUGCGGAGGAAGGCGUCUCCGUGGCAGCGUAACCUAGGUUACCCAUUGGUCAUGCUGGUGUUGCUAGCUUUAACUGUGGUGUGUGUGCUGAUGGUGUGUUUCCACGUGCUGGAGUUACUCUUUGAUGAGUCUGCCAUGCCCCGACAAAUGGAGGACCCCCAUCUGGGACUGGCAUCUUUCUCUAUGUUCGGCUCACUGGGGGCCACGGUGCAGGUCGUCCUGAUCCUGUAUCUGAUGGCGUCUUCCGUGGUGGGCUUCUACAGCUCUCCUCUCUUCAGUGGUAUGCUACCUCGUGCCCAGGACACAACUCUCACACAGAUCAUAGGGAACUGUGUGUCUCUGCUAGUGCUGAGCUCAGCUCUGCCUGUCUUUUCACGAACUCUGGGAAUCACUAGGUUUGACCUGCUGGGGGACUUUGGUCGUUAUAACUGGCUGGGUAACUUCCACAUCGUUUUCUUGUACAAUGUGCUGUUUGUUGGCCUCACCUCCGCGUGUCUCAUCAACACCGUCACCUGGGCUGUACAGAGAGAACUCAUCCGAGCCUUUGGUCUCCACCGACUACCUUUUACCGUGGCCCGCUCGGCCAUCCCGUUCAGGCUCCUGCUGGCGAGCGGACUCUCAAAAAUCCAGUGAUCUGUUUUCCUUUGCUGCUACGUUGUCCACUGCGGUGUUUUCCCCCCCCAUCCAACGGAAGCCCUCCAUGUCCGUCUCCCACUGGAGCAGAGGCGUGCGGCGGUCGGUCUGUCUGCUUAGGAGGGAACAGACUACUGUAGUGCUCACAGAGCAUCACGGUUCCCUGCAGUCUGAUGGAGCUCCACUGAGCUGUUUAUGGAAUUAAUCUGGCAUGACAUGAUCAACCUAGGGUGCGUUUACAAACAAACAAACAAAUAAAUAAAUAAAUUUCUUCUUUCACAGCAGUUGUUGCCAAUACUAAGUGUUGCCUAAGGCUUCCACAGAGAUCGAACAGGGAUGGAGGCCAGCUUCCGUUUUGCCAUGUGCUGUCUCACUCUGAGUUGAAUGCCUCAAUGAAAAACGCAUGCAAGCUUCAGAUGUGGGACUCUGAUGUUUGCUGAUCUGCCAGUUAUUUUAGAUGUUGGAGUCAUGAAGAGCAUUCCGUGUCUGCAGACUGGGGCAGUUGUGUUCGGACCCAGCAGGCCCCGAUGCUUUUUCUCUCCUUCACUACUAUUUUGGUCUACAUGCACAACGUCCCCUUGCUGCUUCUCAAUGGACCAUAACCACAGAAGGUCUGAUUGGUGGGCGAGGGGCUGGAGCAUCACAGGAUGCUGUCUGCAUUAGGGGACAAUCAAGUGGAACAACUGGUGAUGCUUAUUCUCAUGGAUUCUCAUUCUCCCUUUUUAUUUUUGCAUUUUUGAAGCAUUCAAUUACAUGUAAGAGGCAUAGUUUCCAUUAGUGGUUGAGUUUGGUGUGCACCUUAAAUACAGUUUGAUGCCUUAAUGAGCCAGACUUGACAAAUAAAUGUACAGGUCUUUAUACAGACUUGGACCAAGUUAACUGUGAAUGAUGACGUUUAUUCAUAUGAUGACAGUGCAAUAUUAUACUGUGUGAAAUUGAAUGUAAAAAUAUGUAACAAUAUUUCUUUUUGCAAAUACAUUCAGAUGACCUUCACAUGGCAUAUUUAAUCAGUUUUGCAGAAUGAAAUGGGUUUCUCAAUUAAAAGCGUAUCUCAAGGGACAGUGAAGUUAGUUUUUAAAAUUUAUACUGAUGCCACUUUCACUUUCUCUCAGACCCAGUUAAUCAAGAGGGUCUAUAUAAUAAUUUCCUCUCUCUCUCUCUCUCUCUCUCUCUCGAUAUUUCUAUCCAUUCACUUUUUAAACAUCGUUUGCUGUAUCAGCAUGUCAGUUAUGUAAUGACCAGUAGGGGUCAGUGAAUCCCAGACACACAACUCGGUCUUUGGUUCACUUUUGCGGCUCUGUUCUAUUAAUGUGAUCUACAUUUCUUUUUAUAAGCCAUUUUCUGCUUAUUCUUAAGAAUGUUUCCGUUUAUUUUCAGAAUGGGGUGUCCGUUGCACAGUAGGCGUUUUUAUUACAUGUUUUGGUGUGGCUGGUUGUAGAGACUUUGAGUUGUGUGCCUUGGAAAUAAGAUAACCUCUAGGCAGAGAUGACAUCAUUUUUCUGCCAGUUGUGUGAAUAAUCUUUGUUUUGGUUCAUUAAGGCAAAAAAGAAAUGUAAGCAAAAAGAGUGUCCAUUGUAAGGUAUAAAUCUAGAAAUUAAGGUGUGUGACAUUUUCUACAGUUCAUUUUACCGUGUUGGUAAAAUCAAUUUUACAAUGUCUGCUAUUGAACUCUUUGUGAAGAAAGGAAUAAAUGUGUUUUUGUGUGGUUUUCUAAA